CUUAUCGCUCUAGUUCAAAAUGUCAUCAUUUCCAAGAGCAAGAGUUUUCAGAAUUCUUUUAGUAUUCGUGACAAUUUCUGCUUUAUUUGUCGACGGACAAAAAAGUUAUUUUGAUGAAAUCAAGGAUGCAAUGCACAACCUUAAAAGUUUUUUGCAUACUGGGCUUGAUGGGCUUGCUAAGUUGGCCAAAACGAUUCAAGUAGUAGAACAGUUUGUUGACGCAACUAUCGAUGAGGAUUGUGAGCCAUACACGUGUCCAAAAGGAUUUAUCAGAAAAGCAAAUCCUUUGCACAUCCCAGAAAGUAAUGGAUGUGGAUCAUUUGGAUACACGUGGAAAGAAGAAAAACUGCCUUUAAAAGAGUUAGAAGAAUGCUGUCACACCCACGAUUAUUGCUAUGAUGACUGUGGAGCAGAUAAAGAUUUGUGUGACUUGCAUUUUAAAAAGUGCCUCUACAAAGUAUGUUCAUAUCAUGAAGAAGAAUUAUCAUUGCUGUUCAUGAAAGCCUGCAAAGGGACUGCAAAGUUAAUGUACACAGGAACAUUAGCUUUGGGAUGCCAGGCUUAUCGAGAAGCACAGAAUAAGGCCUGUCAAUGCUAUGCAAGAGAUGAAUUCUGAAAAAAAAAAUUUCGUGAUGAUAUGCUUAACUAUUAAAUCCAUUGUAAAAAAUCCUCCAUUUCUAAUCAAAAUUAGAAAUAAUUGAAUUAAAUAAUAAAGUGUUAGUUUUAGGUUUUACAAAAUUUGACUAAUUUCUUCCAUUCUAAAUUUCAUUUUCUAGAUAUUUUGGUCGUGUUUGAUGCAUUAUUUGAUUCUCUUCAAAUUCCCUUAUUUCUUCAGUUUCCUUUUCGAACCAAAGAGGUCGCCGUUAGUUAAGUGGAAGGAGUAAAACAGAAUCCCUUCAAGUAAUCCACCCAAAUGUUCCCGUAUAUUAUGACAUGAGAAAAAUUCUCUGGAAAAGUUUUUUUAGUGAAACUCAAGUAUAUAAUUAAUUAAUAUUUCAGUUUGCCAAAAGGAAACUAAUUAACGAAAGAAAAAUCCAUCGCUUUUCCUAAAGUUUUUUAAAUGCCUCUCUCAGUCCUUAAGUUCGUGUGUACUUCUGUAUUCUUCAUCGCGUUUUCCCCUGACUAAAUUAUUAUAGGCUCAUCUAGUCUUGUUAAUAAGUGGAAAACUUGCUGCCUUUUGUUUUACUCUGGAUUCGCCCAUUCACCGCGAAUGGAUUCUCUUGCAACAAUUCAUG